UCUAGGAUGUGUAGACGAGAGUCUGAUAGCCAUCGUUCGCCCUAAGAAGCUCGGCCCCGGCGAAACGGAAUCGUACUGGAGCCGUAAAGGGUAUUACGCCCUCAACUGCAUGGUCGUGUGUGAUGCAAAGCUGAAUAUCCUGGCAAUUGACCCACGGUUUCCGGGAUCGUGCCACGAUUAUUUCGUUUGGAGGCAUUCUGCAUUUCGCCGCCGCCUCACUCGUGGCCUGUUACUUCAUGGAGAAGUCUUGCUUGGGGACUCUGGGUACCCGCUAGAGCCAUGGAUCAUGACUCCUGUGCCUGGUCACCCAAAUCGCCUCACGGCAGAGGGGCGCUAUAAUGAGGCACACGCAUCAAUGCGAAAUGCCGUUGAGCGGUGCAUAGGAGUCGUCAGGAGCCGCUUCCGAUGCCUGCAGAGGUAUCGGGUGCUCCACUACUCGCCUCAGAAAGCAGCCACUAUUGUUGCAGCUUGUGCAGCGCUGCAUAACCUCUGCCUUGCAGCAGGCGUGCCUCUGCCAGACGACCCAGGUGACGACGGUGCACAUGACGACAGCGCACAGGAGCCAGCCCAGGCACAAGUGCCGCUUCAAGUACAGGUGCCACCGCAGGCGCACCCUGUACAGCCUUCUCGAGCUUUGUUUCAAAGAGGCCGUGCGGUGCGUGAAUCCAUAGUUGGUGUGUUUCGGCUGCCCAGAAAUUUUCGCAUUGCCUACCUGCAAAGUUGGCGCUGGCGCAUUCGCUGGCAAAUGAGGCGGAGACAUGUGCUGGUGUAACAUGUUUUAUUUUUAUUUUCAUGAAAGUAAAUAGGCCGUGCACUUCAACAUAACACAUUGCGUGUGCUCACAUGUGGCUAAUCAUAGUAUGCUGCAUACUGCAGUAGUGAAAAGCACAUGAUUUGUCUAUGUUGAGCAUGACAGAUACACAUGCAGUGACAAAUAACCAUGUGCCAUUAUGUUACUCCUUUGCUUUGUUCACUGUGCUUUUGAAUAUUGUCUCGCCAGGGAAUUUUCUUUAAAUAAAGGUUAUUUCCAAGGUGAAUGGCAA